GGUAGGGAGGCGGUGCCGGCCUCGGGGGGCGGCCUCGGCGAUGGCGGGUGGGCGGCGGGAGCGCUGUUUCUAGCCCGCAGAGCCGCGCCGCUGGAGGAUGGCCUCGCUCGGACCGGCAGCUACCGGCGAGCAGGUCCCGGGGGCUGAGGCGGAGCCCGGCGCCGCGGGGCCGCCGCCGCCACCGCCACCGCCGCCGCCGUCCUCUCUGGGGCCCCUGCUCCCCCUGCAGCGGGAGCCGCUGUACAACUGGCAGGCGACCAAGGCGUCGCUGAAGGAGCGCUUCGCGUUCCUCUUCAACUCGGAGCUGCUGAGCGAUGUGCGCUUCGUGCUGGGCAAGGGCCGCGGCGGCGCCGCCGCCGCUGGGGGUCCGCAGCGCAUCCCCGCCCACCGCUUCGUGCUGGCUGCCGGCAGCGCCGUCUUCGACGCCAUGUUCAACGGCGGCAUGGCCACCACGUCGGCCGAGAUCGAGCUGCCCGACGUGGAGCCCGCCGCCUUCCUGGCGCUGCUGAGAUUUCUGUAUUCAGAUGAAGUUCAAAUUGGCCCAGAAACAGUUAUGACCACUCUUUAUACUGCUAAGAAAUAUGCAGUCCCAGCCUUGGAAGCACAUUGUGUGGAAUUUCUCACCAAACAUCUGAGGGCAGAUAAUGCCUUUAUGUUACUUACUCAGGCUCGAUUAUUUGAUGAACCUCAGCUUGCUAGUCUUUGUCUAGACACAAUAGACAAAAGCACGAUGGAUGCAAUAAGUGCAGAAGGGUUUACUGAUAUUGAUAUAGACACACUCUGUGCAGUUCUAGAAAGAGACACUCUUAGUAUUAGAGAAAGUCGACUUUUUGGAGCUGUUGUACGGUGGGCAGAAGCAGAAUGUCAAAGACAACAAUUGCCUGUGACUUUUGGAAACAAACAGAAAGUUCUAGGGAAAGCACUGUCCUUGAUCCGGUUCCCGCUGAUGACCAUUGAGGAGUUUGCAGCCGGUCCUGCUCAGUCUGGAAUUCUGUCAGAUCGUGAAGUGGUAAACCUCUUUCUUCAUUUUACUGUCAAUCCUAAGCCCCGAGUUGAAUACAUUGAUCGACCAAGAUGCUGCCUCAGAGGAAAGGAAUGCUGCAUCAAUAGAUUCCAGCAAGUAGAGAGCCGGUGGGGUUACAGUGGAACGAGUGAUCGAAUCAGGUUCACAGUUAAUAGAAGAAUCUCUAUAGUCGGAUUUGGUUUAUAUGGAUCUAUUCAUGGUCCCACGGAUUAUCAAGUGAAUAUACAGAUCAUUGAAUAUGAAAAAAAACAAACCCUGGGACAAAAUGAUACUGGAUUUAGUUGUGAUGGGACUGCUAACACAUUCAGGGUCAUGUUCAAAGAACCCAUAGAGAUCCUACCCAACGUUUGCUACACAGCAUGCGCAACACUCAAAGGUCCAGAUUCCCACUAUGGCACAAAAGGACUGAAGAAAGUAGUGCAUGAAACACCUACUGCUAGCAAGACUGUUUUUUUCUUUUUUAGUUCCCCUGGCAAUAAUAAUGGCACUUCAAUAGAAGAUGGACAAAUACCAGAAAUAAUAUUUUAUACAUAAAUCAGCAUUAUAAUACAUCCUGGCUAAAUAGUACCAUACAGUCUAGUCUCAAAGGCAUAAAAAACUGGCCACAGAAAAGAGUUUGCGUGUUAUGAAUAUUUAUAACUGUAAGAUAAGAGACAUUUUAGUUUCUUAGAAAAGAUAGGUAAGUGUUGACUUAAAUCUCUGCAUGAUUUAAAGGGAGAUUUUCCAUUUUCUUAUAACCUUAGGGGAAAAAAGAACCGGUUUAAUUGUUUAAAAAA